CUCUUCCUUACUUGGUCAUCUCCCGGGGGCUGCGCUUUAAGAGAGCGGCAAAGUUUCGGUGGGUGAACCGAAGCUGGAUCCAUGUGACCCUGAAGCAGGAGAAAUAAACUUGACAUGAAUCGGGCUUUCCAGGAGGACGUUGGGCGCUUCGCCGUUUUACGUGCUGACCGUUGGGAGCCGUACGCUCAACGGUCACUGAUGCCUCUGAGCGCGGGGUCGCUUCCCACCUGCGCGGUCGCUUCCCACCCGCGCGCCAGCUGAAAGCUAGGGGCAUUACUGGCAUUUAAAGGGGAGGAGAGUGCGCGGUGUGCGGGGCCACGCCUCUACGGAGUUUAGGAAGGAGUCUGCAGGCUUACGAGGCGCGCACACUUCCCAGAGUAUAUGCAAAUAUUUUAGUAAGCCGCGGUCUCCGAGAACCCUUUAGAGGGAGGUGGUUCUGCUCAGAAAUGUCGCCCGAGGGGACUUUCCACCGAAAACGUCCCCAACGUGCCCAGAACGCGCCCCAGUCUAGACAGGUGCAAGAUGUUUUGUGCGGUCACGCCUCGGCCACCACUCUCCAAAAACGGCCGCUUAAAGGCGGUAAGUGCUAAGGUAUCCAGCGCAAGAGGAAGCCUGCAUGUGGAAGGGGUUGCAGGGCGGAACUUAGAAGCCCAAGGCGGCCCGCCCCUUCCAAAGAGCCUGCGGUCCCGCGCGACACCGCAGCGAGCGGCGUUUGCCGCCGGCGCCCAAUCAGCUCUCUUCCUGGGUCUGUGACGGCGUUCGGCCCCGCCCCCUCGAGGGCGAUAAAAGGCCACAGAAAAGGCGCAGCUGAGUGCACUGCGCGCCGCCCUGCUCCCCGGCACCGCCUCCAGGAUGAAGAACCCAAUGCUGGAGGCGGUGUCACUAGUGCUGGAGAAGCUGCUCCUUAUCUCCAACUUCAAGCUCUUCAGUUCAGGCGCCCCGGGCGAAGACAAGGCAAGGAACACUUUCUAUGAGAUCAACUCUUUUCUCCGCGGCGACGUUCUGGAGGUGCCUCGGACCCACCUGACACACUAUGGCAUCUACCUGGGCGACAACCGUGUCGCCCAUAUGAUGCCCGACAUCCUGUUGGCCCUGACUGACGACAAGGAGCUCACGCAGAAGGUGGUCUCCAACAAGCGUCUCAUCCUGGGCGUCAUUGGCAGGGUGGCCAGCAUCCGCGUGGACACAGUGGAGGACUUCGCCUACGGAGCCGACAUCCUGGUCAAUCACCUGGAUAGGUCCCUCAAGAAGAAGGCGCUGCUCAACGAAGAGGUGGCGCGGAGGGCGGAGAAGCUGCUGGGCAUGACUCCCUACAGCCUGCUCUGGAACAACUGCGAGCACUUCGUCACCUACUGCAGGUUCGGCACCGCGAUUAGCCCCCAGGCCGACAAGUUUUGUGAGAAUGUGAAGAUAAUUAUUCGUGAUCAGAGAAGUGUUCUUGCUUCGGCAGUCUUGGGAUUGGCAUCUAUAGUCUGUCUGGGUUUGGCAUCAUAUACUGCCCUUCCUGCAAUUUUUAUUCCAUUCUGCUUAUGGAUGGCUGGCUAACUUCAUACCCUCGUUUCAGUGUGUGUAUUCUGUGUGUAGAUAUGUUUAUAUUUAUAGAGCACAAAUCAGUAUAAGCAUCAUUGAGAAAAAUGUGACCUGUAAUACUGAGUCCUGGAUAAAAAUGUGAUUAAGAAUCACACAAAGUGCUUACCGUGUAAGCCCAAGAACAAUGGCUUUCUGAAUCUUCCCAGGCAGUUCCAUUUCAAAGCACUGCGAAUCUUGGAAACAUGACAGCUUGUGCUAGAAUUCUCCAUUACAAGAAAAUCAGCCCCUAAGAUGAUGGCCGCAGGAGAUUAUUUGUGUUAUUUUUUUUCUCUGUAAUCAUUGUUCUUCUCUGUUAAUCCUAAAUUAGAAGAUUGGAAAAUUUACUGAACGAGACCACUAACUUUAUUGUAAAUUUAUUCUGUUUCAUUGAAAAAUUAUACUAAACUAAAAAAAUUUCCCUUAUCAAAACAUGUUUGAUGAUUGGCCAAAAAAAAAAAUCACAAUUUUUUCAUGUAUUAUAUAUAAUUUCCAAUAGGUCAA